CAUGGUGGCAUCUAAGUAAAGUAAUAGGAAUUGCUAUGCUUAGUUGCCUACUAUGUCUGGUAAUACAUUUUUAAUGAUUUACUAUGUUCUCGGAAUGCUCAAGACAAAAUGAAGUUUGUUCUUUGGAAACCACUUUUCACUCACCCUUACUCGAAGCAGCUGGCUUGAGGCAGCAAGUUCUCAGAUGCUGCCAGUUUCUGUUACAGCUAUAUGUCAUCCAGGGUGAUUAAUCAUAGUGAGAGAUAUGUUUUCAUUGCAGAGUGGUAUGAUCCAAAUGCUUCACUUCUUCGUCGUUAUGAGCUUUUGUUUUACCCAGGGGAUGGAUCUGUUGAAAUGCAUGAUGUGAAGAAUCAUCGUACGUUUUUAAAGCGGACCAAAUAUGAUGACCUGCGCUUAGAAGAUUUAUUUAUAGGCAACAAAGUAAAUAUCUUUUCUCGACAACUAGUAUUAAUUGACUAUGGUGAUCAAUAUACAGCUCGUCAACUGGGCAGUAGGAAAGAAAAAACAUUAGCCCUGAUUAAACCAGAUGCAGUAACAAAGGCUGGAGAAAUAAUUGAAAUAAUAAACAAAGCUGGAUUUACUAUAACUAAACUUAAAAUGAUGAUGCUUUCCAGGAAAGAAGCAACUGAUUUUCAUGUAGACCACCAGUCAAGGCCGUUUUAUAAUGAGAUGAUCCAGUUUAUUACAAGUGGUCCUGUUAUUGCUAUGGAGCUUUUAAGAGAUGAUGCAAUAUGUGAAUGGAAAAGGCUGCUUGGACCUGCAAACUCUGGGGUGGCUCGUACAGAUGCUCCUGGAAGCAUUAGAGCCCUUUUUGGAACAGAUGGCAUAAGAAAUGCAGCUCAUGGCCCAGAUUCUUUCGCUUCUGCUGCCAGAGAAAUGGAGUUAUUUUUCCCUUCAAGUGGAGGUUGUGGGCCAGCAAACACUGCAAAGUUUACCAGUUGUACCUGUUGCAUCAUUAAGCCCCAUGCUGUCAGUGAAGGACUGUUGGGAAAGAUCCUGAUGGCUAUUCGAGAUGCAUGUUUUGAAAUCUCAGCUAUUCAAAUGUUCAAUAUGGAUCGUGUUAAUGUUGAAGAAUUCUAUGAAGUUUAUAAAGGUGUAGUGACAGAAUAUAAUGAGAUGGUGACAGAAUUGUAUUCUGGCCCUUGCGUAGCAAUGGAGAUUCAACAGAAUAAUUCUACGAAGACAUUUCGAGAAUUCUGUGGACCUGCAGAUCCUGAAGCAAGCAUUCAGAUACUGUCCAGGUUGACCCAUGCAUUUCUAGAAUGAAGACUUCAGCCUUAAGCAACCAACAAUAAUUAAAACAACACCAACAAUGCUUUAUAUGUCCAGGCAUGGCUUCUAGGAUAAUGGAGAAUAUUAAAAAGACUCAUUUGUGAUUAAAACUUCCAAAGACUCCCAAUGGCAUAGACUUGGGGUAAGCUAGAAAUAAGUUUCAUUAUAAGGGAUUUGUGCCUUUUGCCUCUGUUUUGUUGGAUUGGGAUUUAUUUUAUUUCAUUAAACUAAAAUUAUUAAAUACAUUGUGGGUAUGGGGUCCUCAAAAGUGACUAUAAUAGACUUUGGCUUAGCCAUGUGGAAUUUUUAAUCUAGUGAGAAUAUGAUCAUUAAACAAAUUAUUACAAAUAUGUGUAUAUUAUAACAACAUGUUGAGUGCUUUAAAGAAGUAGGAUAAUUGUGUCAGAGCUUAUAACAGAGGUUCUAGCUUAAUUGAGAUGAAGGGAUUCCUGAAAGAUUCUCAAUUAUUCUUAAUCCUGAGAUACAGAACACCCAGGUAUGGAAGCCUAAAUCUUAGAAAAACCUAGUACAUUCUAGGAAUUCAAAACGAAUUUUGGCUCUAGCUGAAGGUGCAGAGGAGAGUAACCUUUCAUGCAAUUGAAGAGAUCAUUAAAACCAGAGGAUGAAAGCCACAUUAACUAGUUUGUAUUUUCUUCAAGUGCAGUGGAAAAGCCAUCGAAAAGUUUAAAUGGGGAAUUGAUAUGAUAAAAUUUGUAUUUUAGAAGAGCACUAUGACUGUGUGGAAAAUUGAUGGGAAGAGAGUAAAGUAAUUCUGACCAGAGAUGAUGGGACCCUGGGCUUAGAUGGUGACAGUGGAGCUUUCAACAUGUAUUUCAUAAAGAGGGCUGGCAGAAGUUGAUAAUUUGGAUGAGGUCAUGUGUAACUAGGUACUAUAUCUACCAUAGAUGAAGAAAUUCCUGAUAGAAAUGACGACUAUAUUUUCAAACAGAUACAGCAACUGAUUAAAACACCAAAGCCUGUUUAACUUUAAUCAUUAUUUAAAAGUUUUUCCUGGCUACAGAUUUAAAAUUUAUGUAC